CCUCCCUCCCGCAGUCACUUGCUCUCUAGCAAUCUAGCCGUCCUGUUAACUCAGCCGCGGCGGCUUCUUCCUCACCGGCCGGUGAGAUCAUCAGAUCACUCUUACACAACUUCAAUUCUCCACGACGUAAUCAUCCUGAGAUUAUAUAGGUUGUGAGGGACAUGAGCCAUGCUUCUUAUCUCACAGUUUGCAAGGCUUUGAAUUUUGGAGCAAGACCGCUGCGAAGAUCAUCGAAUUUUUCUUUUAAGUUGCCCCAAAAGGUUUUUGUUAGGCGGAUUCAAAUGGCAGACAAUAGUCACAACUGUAGCCUAAGAGGCAAGGAGGAUUCAAGAGGUGCAUUGGUUGUUUUGGAAGGCUUGGAUCGUUGUGGGAAGACUACACAGUCUACUAGACUAGUAAAACACUUAGAAAGUUUAGGGUAUUCAACGGAAUUAUGGAGGUAUCCUGACAGGACUACAAGUGUUGGGCAAAUGAUAUCUUCUUAUCUUUCGAACAAAUCGCAACUGGAUGAUCGUACUAUCCAUCUUCUCUUCAGUGCCAACCGGUGGGAGAAGAGAUCAUUGAUGGAAACUAAAUUGAAAAGUGGAACCACUCUUGUCGUUGACCGGUAUUCUUAUUCUGGGGUGGCUUUCUCAUCUGCCAAAGGACUGGACAUGGAAUGGUGUAAGGCUCCUGAGAUUGGGUUGUUGGCUCCAGAUGUUGUUCUGUACCUUGACAUACCACCUGAGAAAGCUGCAGAAAGAGGGGGCUAUGGAGGUGAGAGAUAUGAGCAGCUUGAAUUUCAGAAGAAAGUUGGCCAAAGAUAUAAGGACCUCUGCAGUGCCAAUUGGAAGGUCAUAGAUGCUUGUUCAACCAUGGAGGAAGUUGAGAAACAGUUGCAAGAGAUAGUAUUGGGUUGUGUAAAGACAUGCCAAGAAGGAAAACCUCUCUCAUGCCUCUGGUCUUGUUAAUUUUAUUUCUUCUGAAAUGGUGAGAUGAGAGGAGAAGAGACGGGCUUUGUGCCAAUCAAGGUUGGAAUUCCCCUCACUUUGUUAUCUCCCUCUUCCUAUGCAGAUUUCAGGAUCUCACGGAGUAUGAACAAACUUGUAGCGGUAUUCUAAUGGAUAUUAUAAUCUCUUGUAGUUCAAGACUAGUGUCGUCAGUUCAAUUCUUUUUUUGGUUCUCUUGAUGGUUUAUGUAUCAUCUGCUUGACAGUAAUGAAUGAACAUGAUUACAUUAUAUAACCUUGGCAACU